AUGGCGAAAACGAUCUCACGAGGUGAUUCCUUGUCGUUGACGCAAAUACGGGCAUUUUCGGCCUAUUCUAAUCUGUGCCAAGUCGAGGAAAACGACGACACCGUCGAAACCCAGCUGGACAACUGGCUGCCGGAAUUGGAUGAUGAAAGCUACAAACUUGAGGCUUCUCUACUCAUAGAGGGAGACCUCAUUAAAGGAUGUAACGGGAAGGACAUGACGGGUUUCACAUGCAAUCAGGCGGCGUCAAUUUUACGAUUUGCACUGUUGCACGGAAGUGUGAUGCAAUUGCAAAUCAUUCGAAAGAGCUGUGGAUCACUUCUGAUGGAGAAGCGUCGCAGUCUAGCAAGAAUCUCGCAAGAGCAGGAGCGACGUCUCGGUGCCGCGUCGUUGGCAGAACUCACUCGGGCCAGUUCGUCCCGAAUGUACCAGUCCACUUCCUGCCCUGACUAUUAUCCCAAUAACAAUGUGCUGGCAGGACUGAUUACGCAAAACUUCAAACUGAUACGGAAGAUAAAGGUGGGUGACGAAGAGGCCCAACUGCUACUGGAACACCAAGAAAGAAGCUCACCGGAACGAACACUAUAA